AUGGCUUCCAACACGAAAUACGGAAGCGUCGUCUGCCUUCUUGUUCUUGGUGUUCUAACUACCCCCAUCGCCUCAGUCUACACCCUAACGGACCAGGGCGGGUUGGGGGCGAGGUUUGACGGGGUAGGGGGCCUGAGCGGCGGAGGGGCGACUUCGCGCCUCCUCGUGAGCUACCCCGAGCCGUACCGGUCCCAGAUCCUAGACUACCUGUUCAAACCCAACUUCGGGGCGGCGCUGCAGAUUCUCAAAGUGGAGAUAGGCGGAGACGCUCAGAGCACGGACGGCAGCGAGCCGUCGCACAUGCACAGCGCAGACGACCAGAACUACACGCGCGGGUACGAGUGGUGGCUCAUGCGGGAGGCCAAGAAGCGCAACCCGAGCAUCAAGCUGUACGGGCUGCCCUGGGCCUUCCCGGGGUGGGUGGGGGGCGGGGAGGCCUUCCCCUACCACCGCCCGGAAACAACCGCAAACUACAUCGUCAACUGGAUCCUUGGCGCCAAAACGAUCCACGGCCUGACCAUUGACUACGUGGGGAUCUGGAACGAAAGGAUUCAUGACGUCACCUACAUCAAGACGCUGAGGAAAACGUUGGACGACAAUGACCUUGGUCACGUGAUGAUCGUGGCACCAGACGGAGGCUGGGUGCAGAUCUCGAAAGACAUCAUGGCGGAUCCUGAGCUGGCUGCUGCUGUGGACAUCAUUGGGUCCCACUACCCGGGUACGCACAGCGCCCCCAUGGCGCAACAAACCGGGAAGACCCUCUGGUCGUCGGAAGACUACAGUACGUACAACAACGGCACCGGGGCCUCGUGCUGGGCGCGAAUCCUCAACCAGAACUACGUCAACGGUCACAUGACCAGCACCAUAUCCUGGAACCUCAUCGCAAGCUACUACGACGACUUGCCCUUCCCACGGGCCGGUUUGAUGACAGCCAACCAGCCCUGGAGCGGUCACUACGAGGUCAGCGACCCCAUCUGGGUGACCGCCCACACCACCCACUUCACCUCUCCCGGCUGGCAGUACCUGAAAGGCGUCGGUCAUCUGGACGGCGGGGGGAGCUAUGUGUCCUUGACUGACGGGAAGGGCGGUCUGACGAUCGUCAUAGAGGCUAUGACUCACCAGUAUUCGCAGUGCGUCCGCCCCUUGCUUCCGCCUUACGAUGUGAAAUCGGGGCAGGUCGCAACUUUCCAGUUAGGCGGCGCUUUUGAAAACAUCACCCGCCUUCAUCGAUGGGACUCGAAAUUCAUCGGCAGCCUAGCUGAACACUUCCAGAAACAGGAUGACCUAUUGGUGAGCGGGGGGAAGUUUUCAAUAGCAGUGGCGGAGAACUGUCUGUACACCCUGACAACUGUGAAGGAGGAUGCGCCCAAACUGUACCCGAACCCUCCCAAGUCGGCACCGUUCCCGCUCCCAUAUAAGGCAAAGUUUGAUGGCCCGGCGGACUCCAGUGAGGCGCCGUAUUUUGCCGAUCAGACAGGAGUUUUCGAGCUGUACGUGAAUGAGAGCAGCUCGGAUCACGUCGGCACGCUGAGGCAGAACCUGACGGAGAGGCCCAUCGUGUGGUGCAACGAUGCUGACUCGGCAAUCAGUGUCAUCGGCGACUACAACUGGUCCAACGUCAGCGUCAGCUGCGAUGUCAUGGUGGAAUCGGGAGGCGGCGCUUUUGUCGCCGCACGGGUGGACCGUGGCGGCUGUGACGUCAGGCAAGCCAGGGGUGUUUUCUUCUGGCUUCUCGAAGACGAUACUUACAACUGGAUUGUUUCUUCAGACCUUAGCAGGAAUCACAUCUUAGGACAGGGUAAAGUCAAUGCUACUAUAGUUGGCCAGUGGCACAAGCUAACCCUUUACGCAAAGGGAGACAGUGUAGCCGGGUUUCUAAACGAUGGGAAAGUUUUGUUCGAUAUUACCGACGCUCAACUCCCCACCAAGAACGGUUUCGCUGCUAUAGGUACUCUUGGCUUUCAGAAAGUUCAGUUUGACAAUUUUGCAGUGGAUAAAUCAAAAUAGUAGUAGCCUUAUCAUGAAACUAAAGUUUAGCUAACCAACUCUGGGGAAUUUAUUAGUUGAAAUAGUUACCCAAAUUUUCGGCUAACUUAUUUCAGUCUAGGAUUUUGGCUUUGUCCAGCGAAACAGAAUGUUCCGGAGACUAUAUUGUGCCUUAGCAAUAGGAAAUUUUCAACUACAUUUGUAUUUCCCCUGUGUCGGUUAGAGAAAGGUGAGUUUCUUCAUUAUGUCAUUUACCAAUACAGAGGAACUACUGAAGUACAGUUGUUGUAAAGGUAACACGUUAUACCUCAGUCUGCUGUUACUUAGUAAAUCCCCAAAGGGAUUUAUGAAAUAAAACUUCUCAUUGAA